GCGCGGAAAGUAUUGCGCAGGCGCGUUUGGCAGACUCGCUAAAAGGGGAGCUUUGGAGCUGGUGACCCAGGCAUUUGGGAAACCACAGAAGUCGUAUUCCCUUCAACCCUCCUUUGCUUCCCUUGUGGACAUGAUCCGUUAGCUGGCGUUUUGCAUCCUAGUUGUGUGAUGGAAGCGACUUUGGGGAUUCAGGUGGAUGAGCCAAGGACUUUUUCUCCUUUGCCUGACCGAUUUCAGGCUGAAGGCUCCUUAAAAAAAUAUGAGCACAAUUUUAAACUUCCAGGUGUUAAAAGAGAUAUUGAGAAGCUUUAUGAAGCUGUACCACAACUUGGUAAUGUGUUUAAAAUUAAGGACAAAAUAGGAGAAGGCACUUUCAGCUCUGUAUAUUUGGCUACAGCACAGUUACAAGUAGGACCUGAAGAAAAAAUUGCUCUAAAACACUUAAUUCCAACAAGUCAUCCUGUAAGAAUUGCAGCUGAACUUCAGUGCCUUACAGUGGCUGGGGGGCAAGACAAUGUCAUGGGAGUUAAAUACUGCUUUAGGAAAAAUGAUCAUGUGGUUAUUGCUAUGCCAUAUCUGGAGCAUGAGUCCUUUUUGGACAUUUUGAAUUCUCUUUCCUUUCAAGAAGUACGAGAAUAUAUGUUUAAUCUGUUCAAAGCUUUGAAACGCAUUCAUCAGUUUGGUAUUGUUCACCGCGAUGUUAAACCUAGCAAUUUUUUAUAUAACAGGCGCCUGAAAAAGUAUGCCUUGGUAGACUUUGGUUUGGCCCAAGGAACUCAUGAUACGAAAAUAGAGCUUCUCAAAUUUGUCCAGUCUGAAACUCAGCAAGAAAGUUAUUCACAAAAUAAGUCCCACGUAAUCACAGGAAACAAGAUUUCGUCGAGUGGCCCACCACCUAAAGCACUGAAUCAGCAGCCCAUCACAAAAUCAUCUGUUAAAAGGCCCUACACAAAUGCACAAAUUCAAAUUAAACAAGGAAAAGAUGGAAAGGAGGGAUCUGUAGGCCUUUCUGUCCAGCGCUCUGUUUUUGGAGAAAGAAAUUUCAAUAUACACAGCUCCAUUUCACAUGAGAGCCCUGCAGUGAAACUUAUGAAGCAGUCAAAGACUGUGGAUGUACUGCCUAGAAAAUUAGCAAUAAAAAAGAAGGCCAUUUCUACAAAAGUUAUAAAUAGUGGUGUGAUGAGGAAAACUGCCAGUUCUUGCUCAGCUAACCUGACCUGUGACUGUUACGCAACAGAUAAAGUUUGCAGUAUUUGCCUUUCAAGGCGGCAGCAAGUUGCCCCUCGGGCGGGUACACCAGGAUUCAGAGCUCCAGAGGUCUUGACAAAGUGCCCCAAUCAAACGACAGCAAUUGACAUGUGGUCUGCAGGUGUCAUAUUCCUUUCUUUGCUUAGUGGACGAUACCCAUUUUACAAAGCAAGUGAUGAUUUAACUGCUUUGGCUCAAAUUAUGACAAUUCGUGGAUCCAGGGAAACUAUCCAGGCUGCUAAAACGUUUGGCAAAUCAAUAUUAUGUAGCAAAGAAGUCCCAGCACAAGAUUUGAGAAAACUCUGUGAGAGGCUUCGGGGUAUAGACUCUAAAACUCCCAAAUUAACAAGUGAUAUACAAGGACCUGCUUCUCAUAACUCAGCUUUUUCAGAAAAGAUUGACCGUAAAGCUUCCCACCUCAUACAUACACCUCAAGCACAGCACUCAGGGAAUUCAUUGCAUAAAAGGGACAAUAAUGGCUGUUUUGAUGAGGAUGCUACCAAUUUAGAAGGCUGGGAUGAGGUACCCGAUGAAGCAUACGACCUGCUUGAUAAACUUCUAGAUCUAAAUCCAGCUUCAAGAAUAACAGCAGAAGAAGCUUUGUUGCAUACAUUUUUUAAAGAUAUGAGCUUAUGAUUAUAGUUCUUCAUUUAAUGUUUACUGUAUGUAUUGUGAGGUGGGGUAGAGUUCUUUGUAGUAGUCAUAUGUUCUUUGAUUAGAUACCAGGGCAGUAGCAGUAAUUUAUUUUAAGAUUCUAGUAUUUGCUCUCUUGGCAGAUUCUAAAAUACAGUUUAAUAUAAAAACUACUGCAGAUUUAAGAUUACUGAAGAUGUCUAGUAUAGUUCUUUGAACUAAUAACAUGAUCUUUGAGUUAGAUCUACCCAAGUAGAAUCAGAUCUUUAGAUUCCCUAAUUACUUUUCACUGCUAUAUGCACUGAAAGGAACAGUAUUAAAGCAUAGUACAAUAGGGGUUUAAGGUGCAAGUCUUAAAAUUAAUAAAUGUGAUAGGGAUUAAGUGAGUCAAAAGAGUUAGUUUCUUAGAACGAUGAGCUAUUUGUACUUUUGGAAAAUUCAGCCCGGUGCUGGUGUUCUAACAAUUCUGUAGGUAAAGAAGAUAAUUUCCUUUUAGAAGUAUCUGUUGUAGCUUUUAUGAACACAAAAACAAUAAGAAAAUAUUGGUCAUGGGGGGAUGUAACAUUUAAAAUUUAAUUUGAUUUAUCUGUUUUUUUUUUAAAUGUUUUAUGAAAGCAUUUUUGUGUGAAUUGCCUUUUUCUUAAGAAUGGUUUCUCUUCAUUUUUCUUCCCUCUACCUCUACCUAACACAUUCUUUUUGGAAAUUACAUGGGUGCUUACCAUGAAGUUCCUGGAUGCUUGAUUAAAUAUUGCAUGUGCUUACAGUUGGGAACUUAUUAAUAAAUAAUGAGUACACUAGUUCGUAAGGGGAAGCCACAGGACCAAGGCAAAGAUUGAUAGUGUAAAAUGCUUUUCUGAUUCUCUGAGUGUAUAUGCUUUCUCACACCAUCUUAGGUAUAAUCAGGUCCCUCCUGAAGGAAAGGAAGUCACAGAAUUUAUUCACUGUUAUUGGAGAAUGUUCCUCUGCCCAGAGCCAUCUAGUUCUCUCUAUCCUGUUUUGGCUAAAUUGGUCCUCCUGAGGGAAGAAUGAUUACCAGGGUCUUGGGCGGGUGGGGAAGAGAGAUAAUGAAGUAGGCAAAGUACAAGAUAGAAGCUUACAUGUUAUUUACAUUACAAAGUGUUAUAUAUCAAUGACAGCAUAUCAGACUUCUUAUCGGAAAUAAGUCUGGGGGGUGGAACCGCUCAAAAGUUUCCCAUUUAGUAGUCAUGGAGUAUAGAGACAACUUAGAGACACAGAAAAUACAUUAAUUUUAUUACUUUGAGCAUUUAAGUCAGUAUUUCCACCUAACCUGUAUGAAUAAUAUAGUGUUCUCAAACAGAUGGCUUAAGUUGGGAUAUUGUAUUUAUAAGCCAUUACCAUUUUUAUUUUUUCAAGGAGAACUGAAACAGAUUUUGAUUCAACUUUUUAGGAUGAGGAAAAUAAAUGGUAUAAAAUAAGUCAAGAAAUUUUGUACUGUCUCAAACCAUUUUCAGUGUUUUACAAAAUGUUCACACAGCAAAUGUGAAAAGCUUCAAUGUUCUUUUUUAACCUCAUGCUAUAGUAUUUUAAAGAAACUUGAAUAUUCUUGAAUUCGUAUGUUUAAUAAAGUAAUCUUUACAUUUUUAUGUGAGACUACUAGUUUGCAAAGUGAUAGCUUUUUUUAAAAAAAAAGUGUUAACCACUGGGAUCAAUGAAUGCUGUCUUGAAGCAAAUAGUGGUGGUAGGUUAGCAAGUGUUGACUUGGUUUAAGUAAUAUAUGACAAAUAGGAAUGUAUUUUUCUAUCGAAAAAGUGUUCAUUGAGUUAAUUUAAAGGAUAUUUGUUAUAAAUAGUGGUAAAACAAUAAACCAUCUCAGUAAAUGAUAACCCUGGACAAAAUGAAGUCUUUACUUAGCUGAAGUAUUUUUUCCAUUUGUGACUCAACAAAUUAACAUGUGCUCAGAAAAUUAAGAGGAAGAAAAAUUUCUCAAUAUCAAAGGGCAGGGAGGGAGACAUUCUCUAAGAAGUUUAAAAUUCAGGGCUGUUGUUUCAACUUUCCAUUAAUGUCACUUCUGAGAACAGAACUUGAUUGGUUUGCAGGGAGAGGUAAAGGGAACUAGUGUUUAAAAAGGUCAACAUCCAUUGUUACAAAUUAUCAGGGAAUUUCAAUCCCACUGGAGAAUGUUGCCUCAAUUUUUGGUGCUAUGUGGAUUAAAAUUAGCAAAUAUCUUCCAUAUGCAUAUUCUUUAGAAUUUUAAGCCUUCUGAAUGCAAUUUUAUAUUGCCAGCUCUCUCCCCAAAAUACUCUAAAAACUCAGGUAGGUAGUUAAUGUCAUUUCCUAUUAAUAUGGAAGUUCCUAGAGUAUUCAGCUGUUUUUCAUUGUCAGCUUUUUAAAAUUCUUGUUGCUCAGACUCUUGAGAUAAAACUGUUAAGGGUGUUUUCAUUUAAAAAAGCUAGACAUUUAGAACUAUUAAUAUAACAAGCUGCAAGUAUUGGUUUUUGAAACAGGCUGCAGCUCUCCAGCAUUUUUAAUGAAGUUUUCCUUUUAAGGAGAUUAUUAUGAUUGCCUUAAUGACCUAAAUAAAAAUGUGGCUCAAGAAUGAUUAUUCCAAGGAAUAAACCUAGUUUAUUUCAAAAUCUGAACCAAAGUCAAGUGAUGUUAGUAUCUCACUGUUUCUGGCAUCAGCAUUUUAGGAAAAAAAAUGGUGUUGCAGAUGUCAGAAUACUGAGUGCAUAAAAUCUUGAAAUUGACAAAACUCGUGGGUUUAGGUCUUACUAAUUUCACUGUUGAUGUAAUUUUAGGGCUGUGUGUCACCAAAAAGUUAUUUAUCUUAAAAAACUGGCCAAAUUUGGUGGGUAAUGCUGUCUGCCAGUAUCUGCAGAUGUAUUGUUUCUGCCUACAUUUGUGCGUGCUGUCUGUAGUCUUUAAAGAACACUGUCUAACAGCAGGCAGAAAUGUUAACUCUGUUGAGAUUUUUUUUUUCGUGUGUUCUUAGAACUAAUGCUGUUUCCUAAUUUUGUCAUCCUUUCUUAACAGGUGGUGUUACCACUCAUGUACUAGAUAAGUAAUCAGAAGUAGUUAAUGCUAUAUUAGAUUACAGCAAGACAUUGAAUAAAGUCACCACAAAAGUCAGUGCUAAGAGUAGAGAGCAAUUAAGGAAGGGGGAACAAUAAUCCAAGAAGAACAGAUAAGCUAUUUAACGUUCUGGGGAUGCCCAGAAAUGACUAUGGUCUGUUAAUUUCUGAUGGAUGUAGUAGGAACAAGU